UCAUCCACCUCGCCCAGGGCGGUACUGGCCGCCCACGCCCUCUGCUGCUACGCCCGCCCCACUGGCAAUCUUCCUGGUGUCUCAAGAAAUUGGUGUUUAUUGUUGAUGUUACAGGAUUAGGAUUUGAAUGAGGGUUUACAAAAAGUGAGUAAGAAUGGACAAGGGUAGGGGUCGUGGACAGGACAAGGGCCGUGGUCGGAGCAAAGCCAGGGGGCAGCAACCACCAGGAAUCCCCAGAGAGUCUCCUGGUGCUCCCUCAUCUCGUCUACCAACACCACAUGGCCGCCCCAUUACACCUGGUCAGAUGCCUCAGCCAGGCAAACAACCAGAUGAGCCGGGUUCUUUAGCACUUUCAAGAGGGAAAAGUCGAGGGCAGGUGUCAGAGACCCAGCAGCAGCAACCCAGGCAGCAGCAGCAACCCUGGCAGCAGCAGCAACCCUGGCAGCAGCAGCAGCAGCAGCAACCCGGGCAGCAGCAAUCCUGGCAGCAGCCGCAGCAGCAACCCAGGCAGCAGCUUUCAUGA